GGACUAUGUGGGUGCUUAAUGUAUAAUUCCAGUUUAGCUUUCCCCUCUUUUCUUUGCAUGGCUACUCAGUCUUUUGUUUUAUGUAAAUAUAAUUCAUUACAUUACUAAAAAAACGUAAAUCUUUAAGUAAUGUAACAGGCAAAAAUACCUGUAUGUUUAUAGUCCUUAUCUGCAUUAUCUGAGUUCUUGACUUGACAGUUCAUCAUGUGCAAAGGUAUUUGCCUCAUUGUGCAGAAGAAGCAAAAGAAAUGCACAAAUGCAGAGCACGUCUGCAUGUACACUAACUGCUUAUUGCUGGUGAUGGUGAGUUGCUGGGAGGAGAGAGAUUUUUCUAGUUUACUUUGAUAAGAAGCAAGAUAUUCUGGUAAGAAGUGAAACGUUCAUGGAAUUUAUUUUAUGAUUUCUAAUGGAUCCAAACAGUGGAUGACUUAUUUUUUUGCAUUAUAGAACAGAAAGGCUUUUGACAAAGUUGAGAAUGCAAAAAGGACAGAAAGCAUGGAGCUCCAAAAAGCUGCAGGGGAAGUAGAGAUUAGUCAACUUAAGCAACGGGUCCAGGAACAGGAGGCUUUGCUGGCUGAAAGACAAGCACAGCUGGAAAAGUUGGAAGGAGAAGUAGAAACGCAGCAGAAGAAAAUUGACGAUCUAACCUUUCAGAAAUCACAGCUUGAACAUGACGUUCAUCAGUACUGCACCAAGUUAGAAAUAGCAGUGAAAGACAAAGUUACCAGUGAGCAGGAAUUAAGUCACGCAAAACAGUUAAUUGAGCAGUCAGAGGCCAAGUGGACUUUGGCUCAGAGGAAACUAGAGGACCUCUUAAAAACAGCAAAUGAUGACCAGGAUCUCAAGAAGCACAGCCCCAGACUUCAGAGAAAGAUAAACAUGGAAGAAAGUAAUGAGGAACAGUUGCACAGUCAAGUCCAGGCUAAUAAAAAUGAUCUGGCUCAGCAGCCUUUGGAAUAUGACAGUAAGUCAACAGUCAACUUCGAGCCUGUAGCAUCUGAAGUUAGAGAAAAUGACAGCAUGAUGGUGGAUGUUUUGGAGCAGAAACUAGAGGAACUAGUCUUGGCCCAGAAAAGAGUAGAUAUGGCUGAGGAGAAAGCACAAAGUUACAAGAAGCUGUUGGAUGACAGCAACAACAGAUUGAAGAAACUGCAGAUGGACAUGGAAAGUGAAAGAAAUAACAUGAGACAGAAAUCAGAUGAUCUCCAACAGGAAACACUGAAUAUGAAACGAUCCAUCAGUGAACUUCAAGAGGAAAUCAGAUCUCUCCAAAGAGUAAAAUCCUCAUUGGAACAAAAUGCUUUUUUCCAAAGCACUGAAGUUGAAGGGCUUAAGGAACAGCUGAAGAUCGCCCAGGGAGAACAGCAUAAGAAAAGCUCCAUGGAGAAUGAAAAUAUUUACAAGAUUAGCAACUUAGAAGAGGAGGUAGCUUCCAAGCAGACAAUGAUAGAUCAGCUGAAGUUUAAAUGUAAUGAGCUGAUAAGGAUAAACAUCUCAUCUGACAAUGAUAUUAAAGGUCUUCAAAUCCAAAUUGAGUCACUGGAAAAGGAGAGGUCAUUUUCUGAGCAAAAGAUCAAGUCCUUAAAAAGUGAGAUAGAGAGCUACAAGCAGCAUCUUCAAACAGCCAAGGAGGAAAACGAAUUAAUGAAGUCAGCUGAGUCAGCAUCACAAGUCAAAUGUAAAAACCUCGAAGAAGAACUCCAGAAAUCUGAAUCAGUUACUUCCCAAUUGCAGAAAAAAGUAGAUGAGUUAAAACAGAUAAAUAUGGAGAUGGAAAGGAAUCUGAAGAACGUAAAAUCUAAACUUGAUCAGGUGACGGUGGAAAUUGAGAGCAAGGAUCAACAAAUAAAAAUUUUUAAGUCUCAGGCGGAAGGCACCAGAUCACAGGUUAGAAUUAUUGAAGAGGAACUAAAUAAGAAAUCUGAGACCUUCCAUGAGCUCCAAAUGAAACUGCAGGAUUACAGUGAAGAGGUAAAGAAGAUGACUGAGCUGCAGCACAUAAUCAAAACACUCAAUUCAAAUAUUUCCAAGUAUGAGAAGGAAAUAACAACUCUGAAAUUAGAGCUGAAGUCAGUGUUUGCUGAGAGGAGCUCUGCAAACCAAAAGUUCCACAUGCAAAAUGCUGAAAUUAAGGAUUUGAACAUGUUGCUGAUGGAAAAAAAUGCAGAACUGCAAAAAGAAUCUGCUGAGUGUCAAAAAUAUCUCAAUAAAUUGAAGGCAUUAGAAGACGAGCUUUUCAAACGUAAGCACAGUAUUAAAGGGUUAACCAGCAGCUCAGAGAAAAUCACAGAAAACCUAAAACAGGAGAUAUAUGCUCUUCAGAAUGACAAGAAAGCAACAGAAAUGAAAGUAGAGAGCUUGAAUAUUAAACUUUCAGAGUUAAGUUCUUCCCUUCAAAGAACUCAAGAUGAAUUGUUUAAAGAGACCAAAGAAAGAAAAGCCAGAGAUUCAAAAAUACUGCAGCUGGAGAAUGAACUUCAAAAAAAUAAAGUAACUUUGAAAGAAGUAAUGUCGAGUUCUGACAAAUCCCAAUCAAAUUUGCAACAUGAAAACAUGAUUCUUAAGAGGGAGAAAGCUGAGGCACUAGAGAAAAGCAUUUCAUUGGGAUCUGAAGUCAGAAUGCUAAAAGAAAAGAUACAACAUGCCCAAGCAGAAGCUGAACAAAAGCAAAAAGAAAACUCUGUCCUUCAGCUGAGAUCUCAACAGAUGGAAGAACAACUUGAGAAGUGCAAGAAAAUGCUAGAGGAGUUGAAAAGUAAGCUAGAACUUCAAAAAGAGGGCUAUGAGAGACAGUUGUUGCUAGUGCAGACUGAAAUAGAGAAAAAACUAAUUUUACUUCAAUCUGAAAUCUCAAGUGGAAGUGAGAAGUCAAAACAGCCAUCUCAUAUCACAGAAUUAGCAGAGAUGCUUAACAAAUAUUUCAAACAAGAUGUGAGAGAGAUUAGAACAGUGUAUCAAACCACUGUGGACACAAAGCAACAACCGGACCCGCAGCUGCAAAUCCAAUUGGACAAACUUCAGCAAGAAAGAACAAAACUUGGACAUGACCUCUCAAAGGCGAAAUCACAAAUGGCCCAACUUGAGAAAGACAAACUUAAACUCACUUCAAAAAUAAACGCUUUGCAAAGCCUUUGUGAUGAAAGGCCAGAUGAGUCAGCUAGGUUUAAACAGCUGCUGACAGAUAGUGAGUGGAAACUGACACUGAAGGACAAUGAAAACAGAUCUCUUCGGGAACAAAUCGAGUUGUAUGUCAAAGAGCUUAAAGGUCUUCAGGAAAAACUUUUGACGCUUGGGGUUAAGAUGAAGACUGAAAACCAGAGGAUAAACAAACAGGAACUAAUUGAAAGAAGUCAUCACAGUGGGAAAGACAAUGAGGCUGUUUCACUGAAGACAGAACAUACAGUGAUGCAGAGGAUGGUGCCCUCAUUUGAAAGUGCCAAAUGCAACCAGGAGGAUGAGCCUCUCAAAAUGAAAGUGUCUGCAGAGAUGUCAACAAUGGGGAAAGAAAACAUUCUUGAAGGACUGAAACAAGUCAAACAAGAUAAAAUGGAAGUCAUUCAAAGCCAAAGCCUUCACGACUCAGCAACAAACAAAGCUCUGAAUAGGUCUACUGAUCAAAUUUCUGCUAUCCUACAAAAAGACAUGCAGAAUGUAACCAGUAAAAGCCAGUUCAAACCUGAUGAGCACAUGUCUGUGACAACACGUGGUUACAUGGCUCUGUGUGACCUAACAGACAAACAUAGUAUCACUAAGACAAGAACGUACCAGAUCAUGGAAACUUGUGAAACUGUCCACGCUUCAGAGAGGAGAAGUAGAGACAGUGACGGAAAACUAAGUGAGAUAUAUUCAACUUCCCAAAAGCUUCCCGAACACCAAGGCAGCACAAGUAGUCAAAACUUAAUCAAAUUCAAGUUCCUGGAUGAAGAAGCUUUGAGUAAGUUGGACAUGGACGUAGUAGAUGAGCUGCAAACAUCACUUGCUUGGUAUGUUGACAAACCAACAACUGUUGCUGGAGUUUAUGUGGAGUCAAGCAAGAAAAAGAUAUCCUUCCUAGAGGCUGCCGAGAAGGGCUUCUUAGCAAAGACAUAUGCUCUUGAGUUUCUGGAAGCCCAGGCUGCAACAGGAAGCCUUACAGAUUUGGCCACAGGGCAAACACACUCAGUCGAUGAGGCUCUGGAAAAAGGUAUUAUAGAGACAGGGCUGAAUGACAAACUGAUAGAGGCUGAGAAAGCUGUUGAUGGCUACAUCCAUGCUGGCAAAAAGCUGUCUGUGUUUCAGGCAAUGGAGAAAAGGAUUCUUGAUAGGUACAAAGGCAAGAAGAUCCUUGAGGUCCAAGUAGCCAGUGGAGGACUGAUCAACCCAGAGACUGGUUUCAGGGUGCCAGCUAGCAUUGCUUCUGAUCAGGGUCUCUUGAACAAGGAGACUCUACAGAGUCUGUAUGAUCCAGUCAGUAACCCUAGAGGUUUUCACAACCCUGACACUGGGCAGAAAGCAUACUACUCUGAAAUACUGAAGACAUGCCUUUAUGACGCUGAUGGUGGUGUGUUUCUUUUCCCGUUUGGUGAGAGACAUCUAACAAACACCUCUCCCACUAGUUCUCAUAGGGUGUCUGUUGUCAUCAGCAGCUAUGGCAUUGAAAUGUCAGCAUAUGAAGCAUUUAAGGCGAGGCACAUUGACAAGAGAAUUUAUCUGUUUCUGUCGCAACAGGAAAGUGAAUGGCAGGAAAAGUCGGUAGUUGAUGCCACUGGAAGCCCGCGUAACAUCAUAACUGAUAUGCAAAGUGGCAGACAACUUUGUCUUGAGUCUGCUCUAAGUCAGAGGUUUCUUGACUCAUCUGAGCUUGAACGCUAUCGCAGUGGGUUUCUGAGUAUCUAUGAAAUUGCAGACAUCAUAUUUUCAAGAAUGGUUGUUGUGGAAGAUGUUAACAGCCCCAUUGCUGGUCUCUGGGAUGUCACUCGUAGGAAGAGACUGUCAGUUCUCCAAGGUUUUCAACAGGGCUUUACUGAUAGACUCACUGCCUUACGGCUGUUGGAGGCCCAGGCCUGCACUGGAGGAAUUUGCGACCCUUCUUCAGGGGAGAAAGUUACUCUCUCUGAGGCUCUCAGAAGAGGUCUAGUAGAUGAAGCACUGAGUCAACAGCUCCAGCAGUUUGAACAGGCGUUCAGUGGCAUCGUUCACUCCAAGACUUCAAAGACACUGUCUGUUUCUCAGGCCCUUCAGGAAAAUCUCAUCCCAAAAGAUGCUGGCCAUCGCUGUAUCGAAUUCCAGCUCCUGACUGGAGGAUUGAUAAACCCUGACACUCAUGACAGAGUUUCACUUGAAGAAGUCAUUCAGAGUGGUCUUGUUGACAAAGGUACUGCCUCUGUACUCAAGGAUGAGAAGUUCGACACCAAAUGCCUCACCUGUCCAAAGACAAAGAGAAAAAUCACCUUCAGGGAGGCACUUGAAAGAAGUGUAUAUGACUGCCACACAGGGUUAAGGUUAUUGGAAGCUACCAGAAUUCAUGGUUAUGGAGCCAAAUCAACAUUUCAUUAUGUUCUGGCGUACCAGCAAUAAAUACUGAUGCUUUUUUUUGUUUUGUUUUGUGGUUACACAAGUUUUAAUACAGUGGUUGAUGCAACUGAUUGUGAUUCUUGAGCUUUGUUGAUUUUAGUCUGAUUAAGAAUGUAUUUUUCCAGUAACAAAGUUAACAGUCUUGUCAAAAACCCAUCUGUUUUGAUUCUAGAGAUC